AUGUCGGUGCCGUGGUGGGAUUCGGACUGGAAGGACUGCUCGGGGAUCGAGUACCGCACCUAUGUUGGCAACCUCUCCUGGAGCACCGAUGAGCGCUCGCUCAAGGACGCCUUCCAUGCCUACAGCCCGCUCAGCGCCGAGAUCGUCACCGACCGGGAGACGGGCAGAUCCCGCGGGUUCGGCUUCGUCAACUUCAGGGACGACAACUCGAUGAACAACGCCAUCCAGGGCAUGGACGGACAGGAGCUUGGCGGCCGCACCAUCACCGUCAGCCGGGCCAAUCAGCGCCCCCGCCGCUGGAGGGCAUGA